AUGGCAGCGGCAAGGAUAUGGAACGAUUAUUGGAAAGAGGACUUAAAUUUGAGACAAAAACUAAAAGAUUAUGUGACAGAAGGUCUUUGCCGCAAAGAGAUUUUAAAUUUCAUGCUAGGGGAUUACGAUUGCCAUAGUUGGAGCAUAAGAACUUUAGAUAGGCGUGUUCAAUACUUCAAUAUGAGAUACAUGGACGCUGAUGUCGCAGUGGAUGAGGUCGAGGAAGCAAUAACGCAAGAAAUAGAAGGUCCAGGCAGACUACCUGGCUACAGGGCAAUGCGGGAAAAGCUAAGACAAGUUUAUAAUUUGAGAGUACCUCGCGAUUUAGUACAUGCUGUGAUGUACAACAUGAAUCCCAUCCUAAGAGACCUAGGGGCAGUCAGUUGGGUCGAGAGAAAAGGCGUGAUGAAAGUUUUCAAGUACUGGCGAAUGAGCCCCUGGGUACCGACUCUUACCGAACCAUUUCCAAAAAUUCAAAUGGAUGCGGGCUUCCGAUUGGGCACAAAAAACCUUUGUAUUAUUGUGCCCAAUCAGCGAACAGCAUCUCCCGAUUUCUUUUCAUGUGUUUGUACAGACGGCUAUUAUCUCGCCAUACUUGACUGGUUUGUUCACCAAGGUUGUGCAUGUAUAUUCGCAAGGGAAACUUUCACUUUCUGCUUCCCUAAACAGAAACGAAGGAACUAUCGAUGACUCGGAAAAACUUUUCGGAUGACUAUUUCCAUUUGCACUAAGAAAAUUCUGCUUCUGACGGAUCACAAGGUAUCGUAAAUGACGUAAAUAGAAGGCGUGAUCGAUAAAAGCUUGAAUUGAAUACGUCUUGAAAGCUCAAGCUUUAAAAUACCCUCACAUGCGUGUCCAUGUGUUAGUUUUCGGGAAGACAGUAUUUUCAAUGAACGGGGAUGUUCUGUAACUGAAAGUUUCCUGAUUGCGUGCAUUUCUUUGGUGAACGAGCCAGACAAGUAUGCACGCGCGCAUGCAUUCCCACAGGUAAAGUAAGAAGGCUUUCUAAAUUACCCAUGUUAGGUAGGUUACGCUACGCACGUGUGAUUUAUGGAGAAUCAUUGCUGCCUUUAUUCCAACAAGGAAAGAUAUUAGACAAGCUAUCUCUGAAGGUCUUAAGUCUUUUCCAGACGUCGAGGAACUGAAGCCUGAGCAGGUUUUAAACAUUUAGAGUGUUGUCCUUAAAAAGGAUGUGUUUGCAGCUUUGCCGACUGGAUUCGGUAAAAGCCUGACUUUUCAGAUCUUGCCUAGCGUUUGUAAAGCUUUAUUUUACCGGGGAUUUGACAUGCCUUCAUUGCCAGUGGUAAUUGUGGUUUCCCCUUAAAGCUCAAUCGUUAAAGACCAGGUUACAUACUUGAGGUCACACGGCUUUGAAGCUGCCUUCAUUGGAGAAAGUGCUAAACAAGAUAAUGAUAUUUUUGAGGGCAAGAUUAAAUGCCACUUUUUAUAUGGAAGUCCAGAGUCAUUUUUUGGGGACAUAAAGUUCCAGGAAAUGUUUCCACAGCAGCAUUACAGUCAGAAUGUUGUGGCCGUUGUCUGUGACGAAGUUCACACUGUUGUACACUGGUAAGAAACUUUAUGCUUUAUUUGUUUCCUUUUUAUUCUUGAAAUCUGCUUAAUGCAAUAAUAGUUAUUGCAUUAAAUUGAGUUAAAUAUUUUUUAGCUGUAAACUGAUGUCAAAAAUUUCUGUUAUUACUAACUCACUGUAAAGAGGAAACAUUCUCUCAUGAUUGACAUGACUGAUGUACAGUAUAGGUGUUAGUCUUCUCUAGCAGGAAAGGUACAGUUUCCUGUACUUGCAGAAAUUAAUUCCAUUGCAUGUGCUUAAUGUAAGCUCUCAGGUGGUCAAACUGUGACAGUGUAUACAAUACAUUCUAUACUGAAAGCAAGUAUCACAAAGCUUGCCACUAUGUUACCUCCAUUGUAAUAUUGUCUCUGUGAUGUUUUGCUACCCACUAGCUCAAAACCAUGGCCAGUUUCUUUUGAAUCAUGCUCCUUUAAUAUAUCCUUUCUGAAGAAAUAUGGACAGUCAUAGUUAAACCCCUAUGAGGAAUUGCUAAAUGCUAUGUUGCAUUUGUAUACUGUUUCUGCGCAUUUGUUACACAAAAUUAUGUACAUUCUCAUGUCUAAUAUUGUUCUUGGAAUUGUUCAAUAUCUUAUGAUUAUACAGUCAUUCUAAAAUAUUUAUACAGUAACAGGAGCAUUAUUAUAACUUUGCUGCUUGCAUAGUAGAUAAGUAAGAUAUAUUAUUUAUGUAGAACAUCGCUCUUUAGCUACAAAUCACUUGUCUGGUCUCUCUAGGGGUGAGAAAAAGGAUGGAAAGGAGCCAUUCAGAAAGUGGUGUGGUCUUGUUGGCCAGAUCAGGUCUUUUUUGCCAAAGCAAGUCCCACUUACAGCCACUGCUUCACCCUUGACCAGAGAUAAAAUCAUUAAAAGUUUGAGUUUAAAGAAAUGUCUGGAAAUAUCAGUUAGUCCAAACAGAGACAACAUCAAGCUGUUUGUUUUGAAGGUUACCAUUGAAAUUUCUGUAAACUUUACAUGGCUUGCCAGGGAGUUAAGCGAAAAGAACAUGGCAUGUCUGCGGACAUUAAUAUAUGUCCGAGGCUAUAAAACGUGGUGAGCUCUACCAAUUUUUCAUGAGCAGUUUGCUUGACAAGGCGUACUACCCAUAUGGUACUGAAAAGAAGUGUACAAACAAAAUGGUGGCAAUGUAUCACAGUAGCACUUCACCUUCCAUCCAGGAUCACGUAUUACAAUCACUCAAGGAUCCAAUUGGUAAGGUGCGAAUUGUGAUUGCAACAAAUGCCCUUGGAUUGGGGGUAGACGUAAAGGGUUUGCACCAUUUUAUAAACUAUGGUCCUCCCCCAGACCUAGGAUCAUAUGUUCAAGAAAUAGGAAGAGCUGGUAGAGAUGGUGCAUAUUCAGAGGCAGCAUUACUCUUUUAUGGAAGACAACUUCGCAAGCGUAAACCAGAGAUGCUGGAAUACACAAGGUCAAAGUCCCGCAGAAGAAAGCAAGUUCUUGAUUUUUUUAAGUUACAAAAAAAAAACGUCAAGGAAGAAGAUUAGAGAAGAAACAUUUAUGCUGUGAUGUCUGUGCUCAAGAUAGUGCUUGUGGACAAGACUGUCCACAAAAUGUGGGAACUAUAGCCUCCAAAAUGACUCUUCCAGCAGCUGAUGAUGUUCCAAGGGGCAGAAGUGUAAGUGAAAGUGAUAGAAGAGCCCUAAAGGGUCUAUUAGAGGAGUGUCAGGAAAGCAUGCGUCAGGCAGUGUUACAAUCAAGUCAGCAUUGUUUUUAUUCAAAUAUUGACCAAAUAACUGGCUUUGCUGACUGCAUAAUUGAAGAUACAACCUCAAAGUGUGAUUUUUUGUUUAAGUCCAUCAGCUGAGAGCCGAAAAUUUGGGUUUAUGGCUCACUCGAGGAGAACAGCCGAAACAUAUCACAUAUUAAUCUUUGACUAUUAAGCAUCACAAAAAUGCAUGAUAGCCAGGAUAAAAGGGUAGCUUUCACUUUGAAAAUCGAAAUUUAAAUUUGUCCCUCAUAAUCUCCUUUUGGCCGCCAUCUUGAAUUUCGGGGAAGGCUGAAAAGUUUCUUAUAUUCUUUUAACCUUAAACAAAUCUUGUUUUAGCGUAGAUUUAAAACAUAUUUGAACUAAAAACAUGACUUCCCUUUAUUCUAGUGCUUAAGUUAUAACUACCUGACGUGCUAUGCGAAUCAACAUCGCCCGUUAUUGGUCACUAAAUAAGACUGGCAGUUCGCAAUUUGUGUAAUAACUAGCAAAAAUGUAAGGUUUAGAAAAUUGUUUCAGAAAAGAGUAAGUAAAUAAAUCAUAUUGUUAUAUUGCAAGUGUAUUGAAUAGAGUCUCUUCUUGAGAACAAUUUCUUAGUGGAGAACCUUAUCCAGUCAGCUAGGCGUCCAUGACCGGAAUCAGUUUCCGAGGUUUCAGCUGAAUGUGAAUUCCCCGCACGUUUCAUCAAAAUUAAUGUAAUGGCCGAAGUAAGUUCACCAACGAGAGACUAUUUUGCAACUCGCUAAGUUUGUCUACACAGAAGUGAGAGACGACUGACUGCCCCCCACGGGCAAGAGAAAGCAGCCAGCGAAAGACCUUGUAAUGAGCCGUUGCUCAUCCAGUCCCAUGCUUUCUUUGAUCCACUGAAGAAAGCCAAAAUGAAGGCUGUGCAUAAGAUUCGCAACAAGGAUCUAGUCCAUCCUCUUGUGCUUGGAUGGCACUUCUGGGACAGUUCCAGCAAGCCGAGAACAUAA